CUAAAAUAGAUUAUUUGUCAUUCUUUUACUGUGCCAUUCACGUGUAGUGUCAUUUCAUUUCUUCCUAUUCUGUUCUGCUGCGCCUCAAUACUUCUACCGAACGCCUGGCAAAAUGGACAUGACGCUAGAUUGCUCGUGUAGUGAACACUUUCCAGGAACAAGCUAUACUCGUGAUAAGGGUCCUUUGCAAAGAGUGGUGUCGAUAAUCUUUGUUUGCUCUGCGCUCCUUAUUCGCGUCGACGCAACAAGCUUUCGCGAUGGAGACUACAUUCACACAUCACGCAAAGCACAGUUCCACCAGGCCCGAACGAACUGGCAGGACCUUCUUGGUCAACAUUGUCCUCGGUUCGGUAUCGACAGACUGGUGGCCGUCCCCAUCCCGAAACCGCAGCUCCCAUUUGGGGAAAAGGACACCUACAAGCUGCAAUUCUCGUUUGACGGUGACCGCCACCUGACCCCCUGGGUGCCGCUUCUGGGCCAGGGCGCCCCCUCGGUGCCCCUCGUGAUGGUGACGUUGCGUCGCUCCGGCACCGAGCUGCUGGGGGCCUCUGCGGAGGUUGUCGAUGCCCCGGCGGAAUACCAGCAGCAUCACCCGGUUCUGGUGGCGGAGAUGCGCAACGUGAGCCACUGGCCCAAGCACGUGUUGGUGCACUACCGCUUCGACACGCGAAACGAUGUGGAUUUGGACAGAGGUCUUUACCUGCUCUUCCCCGCAGGUCUGUUGGCAGUUCUGGCGCUGUGUCUGAGCGCCCUCCGGGGGGUGCAGCCCAAGCUAGCCCAGUUCCUGUCG